AUGAAUUGCAUCUCAUGGAAUAUUAGAGGGCUGGGCUCGGCGAAUAAGUGUUCAUGGGUAAAGAACCUUAAGGUGGCGAAUGAGGUGGGUUUUGCCAUGAUUCAGGAAACACAAUUACAAUCGCUUCAAGGUGUGAAUGUUAGUAAACUCUGGGGGACGGGGGUUUUCGAAUAUGAAGCUGUGGAUGCGGUGGGACGAUCCGGAGUCUCGGGUUACUUGAAGAACGAUGGUCAAAAGAUAUCCUUUGUUAAUGUCUAUAGUCCGCAGAAAUUAGUGGAUAAGAGGGCUGUUUGGGAGGUGCUUAAAAGGUUGAUUACUAACGAUGAUGAGUUGUGGUGCGUGGCGGGAGACUUCAAUUGUGUGAGAGAUAGAUCGGAUCGUAGAAAUUCUAAGUUUCACGAAGGGGCGACCAAGGAGUUUAAUGAUUUCUUGGAAGAUAUGGGGUUACAUGAAUAUUCUCUACGCGGUCGCAGGUUUACAUAUUUAAAUAAGUGGAGUAAUGCGGAGUAUAGAGUUUUGGACCGGGUGGAGUCCGAUCACUGUCCCUUGUUGCUGAAAAUUGAAUCGAAGAAUUUUGGGGCCAAACCUUUUCGUUUUUAUAAUUCUUGGUUAAAUAGAGAUGGGUUGGAUAAAGUGGUUGAGGAUUUGUUAUCCUUUGGGCCAUGUUCGAGCGUUCCGGAUGUUGGUUUAUUGAGUAAAUUCCGGUCGCUUAGGAAUAACAUCAAAAGGUGGCACAGUUUGCAAGUCAAACUCGAAAGGGAGGAGGAAGAGAGCUUAAAGGCGGAUAUCUUGGAGCUCGAGAUGAUUAUGGAGGAUCGUGACUUAACUGAAGCAGGACUAUGGGUUCUAGAAUAA